AAUUUAAAAUUUAAUUCAAAAUGGAAAGAUGAAUUUGAUUGGUUACGUUAUGAAGAAGAUGAAGAUGGUGGCAGAAUGUUUUGUACCUUAUGUGAAGCUGCUAAAAAAAAGAAUAAAUUUACGCAAGAAGGAUCUGAUUG